UCGCCGGCCUCAUUCAAGUGCAGUCGGUCGUUUAAUCAGCUCACGAGAUGUUGCAUUUCAGGAAGCAAUUGAUUUUUGCAUUGCUGAUAACAGCUGCACUUCAAGCACCAACUAUCUCCGCAAAUCGUUUUGAACAAACAGCGAAUGAUGCAGAUUACCUGACCGUCAUUGUGGACGAAACAAUGCGUAAUUUGGUAAAGCAAUGCAAUAGAAGUAGAAGAGCGGAGACGCAAACCAGUGAACUGCAACAGGAACAACAAGUGCCAGUGACGCUGAAACAGUUGGGCGAUCUAAUGGAGAAAACCGUACGUUCGCUAAGCGACUCCUUUACGAAGCGCCUGCUGUUGCGCUUUCCCAAAACCUGCGCGGACAUACUACCACCAGGUGUGCGCGACCAAGACGAUGUCUAUAGCGUACACAUAUCCGGCUACACGCCAAUCAACGUCUACUGUUUAUCCGAUGCGGAUGGCGGUUGCCCUUGGACCGUCGUGCAUAGACGGCAAGAUAAGAAUACCGAAUUCAAUCUCAGAUGGCCUCAAUAUAAGGCGGGUUUUGGCGAUCCCUAUAAUAGCUUUUUUGUUGGCAUGCAAUCACUGUUUUGGUUAACCAGCGAUGCGCCGCAAGAAUUGCGCAUUGUCAUGCGUCUGAAUAGCGAUAGUGUGGAUGAGAUUGCGAACUACGAUCAUUUUGUUAUUGGCGAUGAGGGUGAUCAGUAUGCUUUGAAAAAGGUGGGUAAGUUCACCGGUAAUGCUGCGGAUGAGUUGACUAAACUGAUCGGUUACAAAUUUCGUACGAGAGAUCGCGUGGGUUAUUGUAAAGGCAAGGAGAAGGUAGGCGGCUGGUGGAAGGAGGGUUGCGCCAAGAGUAAGUUAAAUGGUAUGUAUGCGCCUACAAAAUGGGAGGAAAAACAGCAAGAUGGUAUUAUAUGGGAUAAUAAGACCAUUGUGGGCAUGAAUUACUCGCUGUCGUAUGUGCAUAUGGCGAUACGACCAAAAUAUUGCUACAAAAUUAAAACGGAAUUGUGAAAUCGUA